GUCGUGAUCUCAACAAACAAUUGGAGAAUUGGCUCAAUGCCGCAGAACUUACCCAUGGACCUGCCCGGGCAAUUAUAGCUCCACAUGCAGGAUAUUCAUACUGUGGAGCUUGCAGUGCCUUUGCCUAUCGUCAGAUCAGCCCUGUUGUAGUUCAACGAAUAUUCAUUCUCGGGCCAUCCCAUAACGUACGUCUCCCUGGAUGCGCCUUAUCGACUGUACAGAAGUAUCGGACACCGCUCUACGAUCUCCAAAUCGAUUCUCAAGUGUAUGCUGAAUUGGACGCGACCGGCCACUUUGAGCGUAUGAAUAUAGACGUGGAUGAAGAAGAGCAUAGUAUUGAAAUGCAUCUUCCUUACAUUGCCAAAGUUAUGCAAGACUACAAGGACUCGUUCACCAUAAUUCCAGUGCUGGUCGGAUCACUGAGUGCCGAUCGAGAGGCUCUCUACGGCCGCAUUUUCGCCAGAUAUCUGGCCGAUCCUAAAUCUGUUCAUCUAUCAUCGGACUUCUGUCACUGGGGCCAACGGUUCCGCGACACUUUCUACGAUAACUCCUGGGGCGAAAUCUACCAAUCA